AUGAAGCAGGUGGCCUGCUUGCUGAUCCUCCGACGUCGAGCUCAGCGUCGACGACAGCUUGCCAUGCUCGCGUACAUGGCGUACCACUACGCAGCAUACCUACUCAAGAGCCCCAAACGAGUCUCUGCCCUGACCGGAGCUAUGUGGGUCGAAGAAAUGCUCGUCGGAAACGCGGACGCAUUCAUCGAGAUGUUUCGAAUGCCGCGGCCAUCGUUCAUCGCGCUACUUGAAGAACUCAUGCGAAACGGAGAUCUCAAAGCCACCCGUGCUGUGACCUGCCAAGAACAGCUUUGCUUGUUUCUCUACUUCGUCGGACACAAGCCGUCAAACACCAACAUGCAACAGCGAUUUCAGCACUCUGGUGAAACCAUUUCAAGACAUCUCCGUCGGGUUGUUGCGUCUUUGCUGGCCAUUGCCCCACGUCACAUUUUCCUCCCACCAAGCAACGGACCAACACCAGUUCAAAUCGCUACCAACAGUAAGUUGUCUCCAUACUUCGACGACUGUCGAAUGGCGAUCGAUGGGACACAUGUUCCGGUGUGGGUCAAGGCAGGCGAAUCCGCUCCAUACCACGGAAGAAAAGGAGUGACGAUGAACGUGCUUGCUGCAUGCGACUUCGACUUGCACUUUACCUAUGUCCUUGCCGGAUGGGAAGGUUCAGCUGGUGACGGAAGGGUGUACACCGAUGCACUCUUACGAGGGCUAGUACUGUCGCCAACGAAGUUUGAUAUUCUCGACGCUGGAUUUGCGCUGACCAAGAAAUGCCUCACGCCGUAUCGAUCAACACGGUACCACUUGAAGGAGUACGGACAAGGAAGAUUGAAGCCCCAAACCAAGGAAGAACUUUUUAACCUACGCCACGCCCAACUCCGCAACUGCAUCGAACGGAUUUUUGGCAUCCUGAAGAUGCGAUUUCCCGUUUUGAGCUGUGGUGUCCGCUACGACUACUCGUUUCAAGUCAGUUUGGUGAUGGCGUUGUGUGUCGUGCACAACUUCAUUCGUCGAUGGGGUGUGCGACAGGAUCGCUUUGAACAAGAUGCUGACAUCCUGCGGCGUCAACAACAGCAGGAAGCGGUGUCAGACCAAAACGAUCCCGCAGAUCAUGUUGAAGACGCCGACAGUGAUGAAGCAAAAUUGUGGCGAGACUCAAUUGCUGGUACAAUGUGGGUGAAUUACCAGAACCUUCUCAAUGAGCGACGCCGGCGACUAAGCUGA